AUGACAGAGACAAGACUUGUCUCUGAACGACAGUUGAAAAGUAACCUUAUUUUUUGGUUGUCAUAAGAAAUUUAACCUAAUUGAUAGUAGGGGCGGCAUAAGGCCCCCGAAAACUGAAUUUUGCCAUUAAACCAUAGAAAGACGCGGUCGGGAGCACAUGCUACACAGUAUGAGUGCACCAUUGAAGAAGGAUGGUGCAGGUGGAAGUGAUGACCGAGUGCCAAAAAACCUCUCGCAAGUGAUCGACGAACGCAAUAAACUGACGAGUUCCAGGUACUUACAAAUAGCACAGAAAAGUUGUGAAGAGCGAGACGUUCCCAACGCCUACAAGUGCUUUGUGAAGUAUUUGGAAAAUCUGGAGGAUCCGUCGACCAGUGCAAUAAAAGUCCAACAACAGUUCAAGCAGACAGUAGUUUCAUUAGCUGCUGCUUUAGAAAAAUGCAACGAAAGCGAGGAGCUGUUAAAACUCUACGUGCAAGCGCUCAAUUUAUUUCCCUGCGACCAAAUAAUUCUCAAUAAAUUAGGCGAACACUUGCUCAAAAUGAAUCUGCCGGAUAUAGCAAGGCCUUAUCUGGAAAAGGCUGUCGCUUGCAAAAGGUCCCUUCGAGCUGACAACAACCUGAUGCUUUGCAAAUGGUCCCAAUUUCCCCGUUGGCAUUUCAGGAUGCUGAAUGAUGUAAUUCGGAAUUCCUCAUAUUGCAAAGCGAUUAGAAGAGCUGUCAGUCAAGGGUUUACGCAUGUGGUGGAUGUAGGCGCGGGUUGCGGCCUUCUCUCUCUCGUGGCUUCAGAGAAUCCACACGUUCACGUGACUGCCAUCGAAGAGAAUAAAGUGCUGGCUCAAAUGUGCGAGCGUAUUAUGAAGGAGAACGGGCGAGAGAAUGUGACAGUGAUGAAUGUUUAUUCGACCACGUUGACCCAAGCGCCAUCGCGUUGCAACCUUUUGGUUGCCGAAGUAUUUGACUGUGCAUUGUUCGGAGAAGGAAUGCUGAAAACUCUCCUGCAUGCCCACAACACCCUAAUCACUGACAAGCAGAAUUUCAGAAUCAUCCCUUGCGGGGCCAAGUUGUAUGUGGCAGCAAUCAGCUAUAAAGACUCACAGAGCGUUAGAGUAGAGAGCAAAGUGCCUGUGCUUGGGUUAGACAAAAUGUGCAUUGUGCAACAGGACGCUGAUCCGUACGAGGCUGAAGAUUUAACUUUGAAAAAAUUCACCUAUGUGUCUGAGCCGGUCCAAGUGUACCAAAUCAACUUUUACGACACCAUCUACCUCUACAAUUUGAUCUAUGAUGCCAACUACGUGCAGACUAUAGACAUCCUCUGUCUCGAAGAUGCGCUUCUGACUUCAUUCGCCAUCUGGUUUGAGUUGGACCUCGACGAAUUUGUAACGAUAACCACAGAUCCUCGACGGGAAGACCGCGCGAAAUGCUGGGAACAGGGAGUGUGCCACUUGUUGCACCCCAUUGCCGUGAAAGAAGGGCAAAUACUGAAAUUUCAAGUGUAUGUCUAUCAGGAUAAGGUGCAGUUCUGCCAGUUGCUUGAGCGUUCAGAGGCAAUCUGCAAAUCUUGCCUUUACGUGCCCGAAGAAGUAGUCACGUUUCUCAACGAUACCAAUUUGGUUGUUCAAAUUGUCAAACUGGCGGAAAAAUUCCAGGAUCCCCUCUUACUGCGACAAUUCAAAGAUCCUUCUAAACCGGUGAUGGAUACGAUGACAGUUUCCAUUUUUGGUCUGAUGUUGGCCGUCAAUAUGGGAUGGCAGUUUUUCACCGAGCGGGAUUACCGCAGCGAUCUCUAUAUUAACUUCAUUGUCCACAUUUUGGCUGUUAAUAAUAGGCAUUGGUCGCAAAUGGACCUGGCAACGAUUAUCUUUGAACCUGAUAUCGACUUAUUGACCUGUUCCACGAAAUUACACAAUUGCAAGGUCUUCUUAAGAGACACAGUCUCCAUCGACGGUGGACUUUCCAUCCCAGCGGUUACAAAGGGGAUGCUAAGCGUUAAGUUCCCCGAUUGUCUCAUCCUGCCAGUUAAACUUGUUGUAAACGUAGUGCUGAUUUACUCAGAGUUUCUGCAAACGAGCAAUGUGGUCCACGACGAGAACGUGUUCAACUUCAAAAUUGCCCAAAUUAUGAACGAAUACUCGACCCGUGAACACCCGUGUUUGGACUCGAGCUUCAUCUACACGGAACAUUCAAAUCCGAUCAGCUUCACUGUCAACGACACGAUUAACGCGGAAAAGACUGUAGUAAGCCUGCAGGUUACCAAAACGGGCCAAGUCAACGGCCUGUACACUUGGUUUGAUAUUCAUUUUCAUGAUGAGAUCAGCUAUUCAACCAAAAAUAGUACACAUUUCAACAAGACCUGCUAUCUCAUCGAUCGACGAAACGUCCAACUAGAUGAGCGUUUGCAAUUGAUUUUUCAACGCGAAUUGCAUUGUAUGAAAUUUUCCUUUGAAGAGAGCUGAGUAAAGUAACGUUACCCCCGCAAACAUUCCCGAUUCCAUCAGUCGAACAAAUAAGCUUAAUGUUUUUGUGUGUUUAGUCCAAUCGAAAAAUGUGAUUGCUCACCUAUUUUUAAACCCGUGGUCGGCAUUAGUUUGCCAAAAAAUUACCAAAGUGAAGUUUUUCACUGCAAGAAUUCGUAAAAUAGACGAAAUCACUUAUUGGCGAA